CAUUCUUCUUUCUUUAUCAUCUCCAUCUUCUCCCCCCAACACUUUCCUUGUCUGUUUCGUAUAAAUUCCACAGGGUUCCCAUACAUGUUCUUGAUCUCGGUGGGCAUCUUUCGACCGUACAAAUCCUUGAACACAGAGACAUAUAUAUAUAUAUAUAUAUAUUUCUAUACACACACACACACAUAACUAGAAAAGAUCUACGGAUUCAUUUCGUUUCAUGCCAUGAUGUCUCAGGGAGACACAGACAGACAGACAGACAGCGAGACCAUGGGAAGGCCAAAGACUGGUCUUUUCUUGAACAGGGCAUUGGUGGUGUCUCUCCUCUGCCUGAGCUUUGCUUUGACUUCUCGGUCAGCCCCGGAGGAAGCUCUUGUUACUCACCUCCCGGGCUUCAAUGGCAGCUUCCCCUCGAAGCACUAUUCCGGCUAUGUGAUGGUCGAUCCGAGCACUGGGAAGAGGCUGUUCUACUACUUUGUCCUAUCCGAAAGGAUCCCUUCGAAGGAUCCCGUUGUGCUGUGGCUCAACGGAGGACCAGGUUGCUCGAGCUUCGAUGGUUUCGUGUAUGAGCAUGGGCCGUUCAACUUCGAACAGACAAAUGGAGGCUUACCGAAGCUGCAAUUGAAUCAGAACAGCUGGUCGAAGGUUUCGAACAUCAUAUACUUGGAUUCUCCAGCUGGUGUCGGGUUUUCGUAUGCAAACACGACAGCAGCAUAUAAAACCGGUGACAAUGAGACAGCAUUGGAUUCCCAUACCUUUCUUUUCAAGUGGUUCGAGCUAUACCCGGAGUUCCUUUCCAACCCAUUUUUCAUAGCCGGAGAAUCGUAUGCUGGAGUUUAUGUCCCGACCCUUGCUUUCCAGGUUGCCGAAGGGAUUGCUUCUGGGGUGAAGCCUGCUCUUAACUUUAAGGGUUAUCUGGUGGGCAACGGAGUGACAGAUGAGGAAUUUGAUGGCAACGCUCUCAUUCCCUUUGCACACGGGAUGGCCCUAAUAUCGAAUGAGAUGUAUCAGGCAGUGAACAAAGCAUGCAAUGGAAGCUAUUACAACCCUACAACGAAUGCUUGUCGGGAGCAACUUAACAAAGUCAACGAGGAUCUUGACGGUCUGAACAUGUACGACAUCCUGGAAGAUUGUUAUCAUGAUCCGUCCGUGAUUAGGGUUGCAGGAGCAGCGAAUUCUAGGCUGCCCUCUAGUUUCCGGAUGUUGGGUGAAACUGAGAGACCUCUCGGCGUCAGAAAGAGGAUGUUUGGCCGCUCAUGGCCCUUCAGGGCUCCCGUAAGGCCCGGACUCGUCCCGACUUGGCCUCAACUGCUCAAUAGCCUUAUUGUUCCCUGCACUGAUGACGAAGUUGCAACCUCCUGGCUAAAUAGUCCGGAUUUGAGGAGCGCAAUACAUGCUGAAAACGAGAGCUUGACUGGUCCUUGGAUGCUGUGUAGCGACAAAAUCCGUUACUAUCACAACCUAGGAAGCAUGAUUAAGUACCACAGGAACCUAACUGCAAGAGGCUACCGAGCACUGAUAUUCAGCGGUGAUCACGAUAUGUGUGUCCCAUACACUGGAAGCGAGGCAUGGACAGGGUCACUCGGGUACAAGAUCGUGGACGAAUGGAGACCCUGGUUCUCUAACGAACAAAUUGCCGGGUACACUCAGGGUUAUGAGUACAACCUCACGUUUUUAACCAUCAAGGGAGCUGGCCAUACUGUUCCGGAAUACAAACCUCGAGAGUCGUUGGACUUCUACAGCCGGUUUCUCGCAGGAGAGAAGAUAUAACAGAAGAUCUUGAUGUUUAGCCCUAAGUGUAUAAUAAGUUCUAUUUCCGGUGAUGAGAGUAUUUAUCGACGUUAUGCGAUUCAUCAGCUGUAUCAUUCAGCUCAGGAUGCAAAAGGAAUCACAAAUGCAUAACUUCAAUUGUUUGAGGAGGUCAUUGUGUUCUUCAAGUGAAUCAGAAUCAGUGCAUAAUUUAUUCAUUUCGA